AUGGUAAAAGCUUGCAAACAAAAAGUCAGCGACGCGCUUAUUCCAACAAAAGCAACAUUCCGCAUUGAUGAUAUAAUCGAAACUGUUGAAUAUAACCUUGUCAAGCUGGGAUGUCCAUUUACAGUACAGAAUAAUGAGCCGUUCAAACCAGUCAUUCACUUAUAUGACGGAGAAACUUUUGUAAAAGAAGUAGAUGUGAACUAUGUCAUGUGGGAACAGCACGGACGAGCAGGCUAUAAGUACAGUGCAACAAUGAAAGAGGCUGGGUGUAUUAGUGAGGCGCAGAGUUGGGAAAAGAUGAUACGCGGGUCUACUCAGGAAGAAACCAUGGAAUCAGCGUGGUCUAAAGAGAAUUACCAGAGCUGUUUUCAACAGAAUUCUCCCUUGUCUGUAGCUAAUCUUGAUCAGCCAUAUGAAAUCCUUAACAGCUCUGAAGCCUCCUCGCAUAUUGUGUGGAGUGAUGUCGGCACGUUUGUCUUCACGCUGAAAGUUAUCGAUCCUGACUUCAGCUUCUGUAACCUGACGAUGGAGUUUGGUGUUCAAGUGUACGGCGCAGGGAGCGCCAUGGAAGAGAUUCCUACUUUUGUUGUCCUUGGUUCUUCUUGUCUGGCCACCGUAAUCCUGCUUUUUUCCGGUUACUACACGGCUGUGCUUUGUUCAAACUAACCAUGUCCUUCAGUUGAUAACUUGUUUUGAAAUAAGCUUUAUUUCAAAAACUCUUUAAGAGUCAGAAGACUUUAUUGUUGAAAGACGUUUUAAACGCCGCAUUAACCACGCACCCCCGGAGGACAACUCUUGACGGAGUUGAACUCAAUACUCUUGAGAGCAGAUUUAAAAGAAUCGUUGCCCUGCGGUUAUCUUUGUUGCUAUUAAAAUUUUAGCAUUUGAUAACAUGUUUGUUGUUGUUAUUUUAUUAUCCUGAAGCCGUAGUUGUUCAAAGGGUUAAUAACGCUAUCAGCCGGGAGAAUAACAACCCAGAACAGGGGUGGAUACAGGACAGGGUUCCAAAUUCAUUUAAACUGUCUUCGGUAAUAUCUUCAACUUCUCGUCACGGUUUCGUAUUAUGAUAGAAACCG